CCCCGAGACUCCGAAGACUCAAAGUCCGCUUCUGUCGUAGGGGAAGUUGCCGCGGAACGUGCUACUCGUCGGCGUUUCUUCAGCGGUUCGUGAUUUUCGACCUCCGCGAGCACUCGUUUCCAUUUUUUUUUUCUAUUCCUAUCUCUUCUUUCCUUUUCCACGCGCUUCGUCCGCGAGUGAAACGUGCGCGUGAUUUUGGGAUUUCGGUACGUUACCAGUGACGAAAGAGAGAAGGAGAAGGAGAGAAAGAGAGAGAGAGAAAUUACCCGUGUUGACCGGUGUGCGCUGUGCCAUGGGGAUCUAGGAACACCGGUCAGGAAACGAGACGCAUGACAGACGACACCAGGCGGGCGUUAUCAGGUGAGGGUUCAGCAGCUUUCGGCGACGCAAUCGAGAGAUGUCGGAUGCCGCCGGCACGGAUAAUCCGGCGUUCGCCAACGAGGACGAGUGCGGUUCCAAGUUGGAGAAUGGCGGCCAGCAGCAAGCGGCCUUGAACCAGGAUCGCAAGUCCUCGGCGGACGGCGCGCCGGUAGAAAAUGGCCACCAGCGAUCCUUCAUCUCUCAGCACUACGUCGAGCCCAUUAAGCCGAGCUCGGAGCCGUGUUAUAAAACGGAAACGAGAAUCGAGGUGCCGGCCGAUAAUACGGAGAAGAGCGUGCCCGAACCGAAGCUUAAUGGCGUCCACGGGAAUGGCAAUAACAACGACGCGAGUUUCCUCAACAACAGUGCUACGAGCGUGCAGGUCAACGAGUCCGGAAAGAAGGAGCAGAUCGAGGCCGUAAACCUGGAACUGGUGUCGAUGAGGCCGUACACGAGCAACAAUAUUCAAACGAAGGGUCAGGAAGCCUGUGAGGUACCAGCUGAUCCUUACGAGGAGUACUUCGUGCCGGUUAACGAGCAUCGAAAGUACAUCAGAGGCGAGAAACUUUAUGUCACGAAGGACAAGAGAUCCAGGAAUUCGCAAUGGAGAAGACUAGCCUGGGGACUGGCGUUAUUGGUCAUAGUGGCUGCCGUGAUUAUCGCCAUUUUAGCUGCAACUGGCGUAUUCCCAACGCAAGGGACCACGGAACCCUUGGAGAAUGUGGAAGAAAGUAACACUCGCCAAUUUAACGAAGUGCAGACGGCUGGGAGUCAAGAGUAUGUGAAGGAUCCGCCGUUAAGUCCACCACCUUUAACUUCGACUUUCCCACCGUGGCCUACAACUGACGAAACGCUAUUCAAUUUUGUACCGAAUGCCCUGGACGGGACUUUGAGACUAGAUGACUUUGAUUGGAAUGACGAUUUCAACGACAUCAAAUCACGAGUAUACAGACAAGUAAGCGCCGAGAUAGAGGAACAUUUAGGAAACAUUCUUCGACAGGCGGGCGGCAAGUCUGUAAUCAAAGUAUACGACAUCAAUAAGGAAGGCGAAAUAAAAUUCCGAAUUAGUCAUCCACCUGGGAAUGUCCCGAAAGAAAGUCAGGAAUACAUUGAAGAUGUAUUACGAAAACAUGGCAAUAUGAUCGGACAAUACCAUUUAAACAGACUUUACGUAGGAAAGCUUAUCGACCAAUGUGAACACGGCAAUCUCGAAUGCACUGGAAAUUGUAAAUAUGAUUACACUGUUGGUAUAUUCACAUGUAUCUGUAAUUUAGGAGAAACGUUGCAUCAUGAUGGCAAAACUUGUGUGGACGGUAGCGAUUUGAGUAAUGUCGAAAUGGACGAUGUAAUACCGCAAUCAAGCACGGAACCAAUUAAUGAUUUUCAGGGUAGAAGUAGAGACCCAAGCGCGGUAGAUUUCGAACCCAGACAUCCCAAUACUUGGGAAAAUACGAACGUCAAGACAGGAACAACAGAAACUGACACGUCGACGUCGAAGCCUAAGACGGAACAUGUUAAUCACGUGUCAAUAGAAGAGCAAUCCGAAUCUACACCAACGACAAAACGUAUUUUCGAGGAUGAUUACUCUCACUGGGACCAUGAACAUUCGCAUCAUUCAAUAGAAAGUACCACUGAAGCAGAGCCUUCUGUUAAACCAUUAUCUACUGCGGAACCAACAGUGCAACCAUUUACUAUCUUUGAAGAACAUGCUGCUGUUGAACCGGAGCCCUCUUCUGAGCCGGAACCCGCUGCUGAGCCAGAACCUAGUGCUGAGCCAGAACCUAGUGCUGAGCCAGAACCUAGUGCUGAGCCAGAACCUAGUUCUGAGCCAGAACCUAGUGCUGAGCCAGAAUCUAGUGCUGAGCCAGAACCUGCUGUUGAGCCAGAACCGGCUGCUGAACCAGAGCCUACUAUUCCGCCAGAAAUAACUACUCAACUGGAGCUCACUGUUAAACCGGAGCCUACAGCUGUAUCAGAGCCCGCCGCCGAACCAAACCCUGCUUCUGAACCAGAGCCCACUGCAAAAACAGAAAUUGCUCCUGAAAUUGGAUCUGCUAUUGAAGCAGAAGCUAUUACUGAAAGGGAAUCUACUGCGAAAUUAAUGCCUGUCACAGAAUCUGCGGCAACUACUAUCGAAACAGACAGUGAGAUUAAGUCAAAAACAGAGUCGCACUAUCUGACAACGGAAUCGUAUUUGGAGUCAAAAACUGAAAUGACCGAAUCUGAAUUCACUGUUAAAUCAACGUCUCAUGACGGCACGUCUGCUGAAUCAUUUACACAGGUAUCAUUUUCAGACGAUGCUAGUACGACUGAUAUGCCUAAAUCUUUUAUCGAUUUAAUAGAUAAAAGUGACAGUUCCAAAAACGACAAAACUUUGACCACAAUUGUCAAGUCUAAUGAAACUCUAAUAGAUAAUAACUCAUUCUUACAAGUAAUACCUUUGACGACGACACGGUCUACCAAUAAGGAUGAUGAAAUUACUGAAAGUGCAAUCACCGAAGCCGGUCUUACUACUUUAAAUUAUGGAGAUAUAAAACAGAAGGAUAAUGUAAAUGUUAUAUCAGUCAAACCCGAGAACCGCGAGGAAUCAGUUACGGAGCAAUUCACACAAAAUCCUGAUCUCCAGGAAACUAAAGAAAGUGAUUUUACUACAGAAAUAAAUUCUGAUGCAAAUUUAAGCAGCAUCCAGAAUGAAAAUUCUUCAACCAGCGAUUUAAUCCAACAAAAAUCGAGCACUGGUUCAGACGUUUUUGAACAGUCUGUUUCAACUACUGCGGCAACUACCCUGCCGAUCAUAUCAGUAGAGAUAAAUACAGAAUUGACUACUAAAUCCACGAAUGACAAGCAUUCGUUCACUGGACAUUUCCAUACAAUAGAAAUAAAUGGCGUAAGUAAUAGAAAUCCAGAAACAUAUAAUACUAAAGUACGCGAGACAACUACGAUACCAGAAACUACCUUAACUGACAUGCUCACUCAGCCAAUACCUGGAUACCAAAAAGAACACGUACCCGAACCCGCGUUGCAACCAGACUCGAACGAGAAAAAUGUCAUCGAACAUAUGCCGACAACGGUCUUUCCUAAAGUACCGAAAAAUUUUGCCCACAACGUCGAGCCAUUGAGAGAACCCAUCGUAAAAUCCGCGGAUGACGAACAUAUUAUGCUGAUACCAAAAUCCGAGCAACCAGUCGAGAUACACGCGAUAAUUCCGCAACUUAUUCCGGAACAAGCCACGAACAGAACUCUGAAAGCAGAAAACUCGACGACGGAAAUGAAGAACGGGGUAACGAAUAAUCAAGAUACAAACGUGAAAAAAUCUGCAAUAAAUCCAACUACGAUGCGUUCCGACGAACAUAUUAUGAGCAAUAGACACGCGACACGCCCUGACGAAGUUCAGGAACAUUCAACGAGUCAUCCCCUUCACCCGGCAAUAUUCCCAGAAAAUUCGGUAGAUCAUUUCGCUGGGAAACCCGACGAUCGACCGGUUGAGGACAUGUCACCCUACUUACCGGACGUUCAUAAAGAGAAGGAAAGCAUAAAGAAAGGGCCACGCUUAGAUAAAGACGAGCAAGACGGUCCUAAUCCUUUCGAAACUCACGUCGAUGAUGUGAUAACACAUCGGCCAUUAAUACGUAAUAAUGCAGAUAGAGUGAACGAAACUGAAACCAAAGAUUUAUUGAAUGACGUUAAUUCACAUUCAACAAGUAACGAAAGGAACGUAGAUACCACGAAGAAAACAGCACAGGAUCAUAAAUUGGAUACGACAGACGAUGCACGUAAUCCCGUUGAGGAUUUAAGUGUCAGCAAAAUUGCCAAUGAUACGGAAUCUAAAAUUCCGAAUAUGUUGAAUCAAAACAGUUCUGCGAAAUCAGUUGGUAAUAAUGGGACAGAAGGCAUUACAAGUCAGAAAAAUAGCGGUUUCUUCAAAGAUAACGAUGAAGAGUUGAAAGUGAUUCCAUUGACGAUAAAAGAUAAAUCGGUAGAUUCAAUUUCUCAAACUACAAUACAACCCGUAGAUAAGAAAACGGAACCUGCUGAGAACGAUGUAACUUUUGUCGGAAAGAAAGUAAAGGAAAAAGCUGGUAUUGAGAUAGAAAGCGGUGUGACCAGCUCAGAGAAACCAGAAGAAAACGCUGUCGAGGAUCACUACAACGACAUUACAGAUGAAACUUUGUCGAAGGGUUAUCGACACGAUAAUACCGGCAUUCCGGUUAAAGUGAUAGAAUCGUCCAAGAAAGCGAUUUUAAAGGAUAUUGACUCGGUAAAAAUUCCUUAUAACGAUCCGUCGCAAACUACAUUCGAUGUCAUAAAGAAAAGAAAUGACACGAACGAGAAGAUAUCUUCCGAUACGACACAAGGCCCGACGGUUACAAGGAUGGAAGGCGUUGUGGACAGUCAGAUGGAAGAUGGUAGAAUGACCACUCAAGAACCCGUGUUGCCUAUAGAAAUCCAGCAGGAAAUAUCCACGACGAUAGCAACCGACAGAGUUGAAAUCACUACAGUAAUCGAUGAUGUCAAACGUGAAGAGAAUAAUACGGAAACGCCGAACGUCAGCCAGUCUGACGAGAAAGAAGCUGUCACAGCAGCGCAGAUUACAACAACCCAAGCCACGCUGGAGACUAAGACCACAGCUCAAAUCCCGAUUCUACCUGAGGAGCUGCAAACGACGGAAAGCGACAUGUUAACAACAACGUUGAGUGAGGAAAUGCCGAGUGAAGACAAGAAAAUGAAAGUUACUGACAAAAUGGUUUCAACAGAUGAUGUUAAUGAUAAGACGAGGAAGAACGAAGCCGAGAAAGAGAAUGCUGUCACCCCCAGUGACUUAAUGGAUACUAAUAGCACAUCGGAGAGAAGCAUGGCAGCGACAACGAUGUACCAGAAUAACGUAAGCUUAGGAACUGGUCGAGGAACAGAAUACGGUGGAAACGGGCGGGAAAUUGAGAGUUCGACGGAAAGCGCAAAGAUUGAGACUACUCUUAUGAUGACCACAGAAAAACAUAUCGCGAGUGACGUGGAAGGAACCUCGCCUAUGCCUGUCACGACUACGGAAGACGUCAGACCGGUCACGGAAAUGCUGGACGACACGCAACCCAUGAUAGAUUACAGAUCGUUGUUCACCACGAUUCCGCCAAGACAGAUACCCGACUUGGAACUGUCUGAAGAGGCGCUCAGGGUGAUACCGCUGGAGAAGAGUCCCGAGAGCAAGAAGAAACCAAUCGACAAGAAGGGAUUCGACAAGUACAAGUACAAAAAGGAGAAAGACCUGAGCCUGGAGAGUCAAGAUGAAGAUAACGUUUUAACCGAGAGAUCCGAUUCGACCAUUCUUUCCCAAACGGAGCCGUCAAUUACCACUAGAGACCACGACGAACUGAGCGACAGCGUGGUAAGCUCGGACUUGGACCUCAAUGUACCCAGGUUCACCGUGGCUGACAGGGAAGGCAACAUCCUGCCUAUAUCGAAAUGGAAAGCUACUGGGAGCGAAAAUAGAGGCACGAUCGCGGAGACGAAACCUAAGAAUUACCCCAGCUUCAUACCCGUGUCGGAAGAGAUAAUAGAGUCGGUACCAGUUACGGAGCCGUACGUAAUCAUGCGAAAUACUCGUCCCAUGAUCGUAUCGGAUAUAGGCGAUGCGGAAAGCACAGUGGCGAACGAGACGACAGCCGAAGGCCGUGCCAACGCAAAAGCGAACGAAACGGCUGGGCAAGACGUCACCUUCUUGUCGGAUCAAUUAUUCGGUGACGUCGAGGAAGCGGAAGGAGAUCACGUUACGGAACAGCCGAUCGUGACCGCGCAAACUUCAUCGUUGGACGUGAAGGUCGAGAGUACCACCGCUAGCGGUUCUUCGGGAAUUCCGUCUCCCGGAAUCCUCUCGAAGUGUACCACAGGCCAAUUUCAAUGCGCUAACGGAACGUCCAGGAAUGGUGCAUAUUGCGUGCCACAAUCUGCCAAAUGCGACUCCGAGAAUGAUUGUUCCGACGGCUCGGACGAACUGAACUGCGAGGCGGAAGGUUGCCCGGGUAACUUUCGCUGCGCCAACGGACAGUGCCUGAAGAGACACCUGGUUUGCAACAAGAUCGUGGAUUGCGACGAUGGCAGCGAUGAGCGCGAUUGUGAGAACUGGCGGUGCCAGUCUGACGAAUUCAGAUGCUCGAACGGAAGAUGCAUUCCGGGACUAUGGAAAUGCGACGGUCGGCCCGACUGCGAGGAACACCUCGACGAACACAAUUGCGCAGAGAGCUGCGGGAACAACGAGUAUCUGUGCCCGACGGAGAAGUGGUGCAUCCCGCAAGCGUGGCGUUGCAACGGAAUCGCAGAUUGCGUUCUCGGGGAAGACGAGAAGCUAUGCGACUGUGCCGUAGAUCAGUUUACAUGUCAAACUGGUGGAUGCAUCCCUCGAGACCAAGUCUGCGACGGCAUCGAGAAUUGCCCGGAUUACUCGGACGAAUGGGGUUGCCUAAUCGCCAAUACUACUACGGAAAGAAAUCUCACUAAUGGCAACACGGCGAGCGAAUUAACUAAUCGCGUGCCAUUUUUGAAGAUAAGGCAAAACGACGGCGACUAUCAACUAGUCUGUUCGGACGGAUGGAGCGAAGAAUUUAGCGAUUCCUAUUGUCAGGCUUUGGGAUUCGCUGGAUCGGACGCGACAAUCGAAUCAUUCGCGUGGGAUAGAAGCCAGAAAAUUCUAAGACUGAAGACGAACCCUAAUUACCGCCUAUCGCUAGUCACGAAUUUAGAGGAUGUGGGAUUCUGCGUAUCGGACAAGGUCGUGCAAGUGUCGUGCCAGGAGUUCACUUGCGGUCAGCAUUAUGCGGAAGAACCGACCGCGAGAUUGGCAGGUGGGACUCCAGCCAAUCAUGAGCAAUGGUCCAGCGUGGCUUUACUGAAGGAGUCGGAAGAAGGGACCGCUUGUACAGCCAGUAUUCUCGGUCCUAUGCACGCUCUAACCAGUUAUUCCUGUGUCUACAGACACAAGGGAAAGAGCGGAUGGCAACUUUUUGCCGGUGGAAAUAUGCUAAAAGGGCACACCGUUAAAAAUAUCGUGCCCUAUCCUCAAGUGAAGUAUAAUCAGUUCCUGUACAAUAAUGACAUUGCUCUGAUUGAAUUAGGAGAGCCAUUAGUACUUUCCAGAAACAUUAGUGCCGUAUGUCUUCCCAAACAGCCUAUUCAGCCGAGGCAGAUUUGCGUAACGGCGGGAUGGGGAUUCCUUAUGAACGGGGAAAUGAAUUUGCAACAAUAUCUCAAAUUCUUGCCUGUUCCGACGGAUGAUUCCAAUAAAUGUAACGCCACGAGUUAUGCAGAAUUCAUCACGGAACACGAUAUAUGCGCGGAUAAAGGCCCUUGUUACAAUGACGAAGGAGCGCCCCUGAUAUGUGCCAGUGAGUCACAGGGUACCUCGGAAAGAUGGGAAAUUCAGGGUUUACUAAGUCAUCAUAGCAGAUGUUCGAGCGGUCAGCCAGCAAUUUACUCAAGCUUGAAACCAGCGCUCUCGUGGUUGCGUGAAACAGUGCCAGCUUUGCGAACACAAAGCUAAAUCGUUAUUAUAUCAACUUUCCCGAAGUAUGUAGCAGACCGAUACUACACGUUUGACAAGAGAAUCGCAGGUUUAAUAAGGUGAAAAAAGAUCGUGAUUCUAUGUAUAAAAACGACGGCAGUAGAGAAUUUGAGAUAGACUUCCCUAAUAUUCUUUCUUUUUAAAAGUCGUUCACGUGUACUUUCGUAUCUUUCCUCUUUUUCUAAUUUUAAUGUUCCUAUUGAUAGCACGAAAGGUAUCUUAAUAAUUCUCGAACGUCGCGUCAGAGAGCGAUGAACUGUCAUAAGAAGAGCUUGAGUGCCGUUAUUGUUAGACGAAAGGAGAGCGCUUAAAUUCCGUACAAGAAUUUGUAAUGAGAAUCAAAGGAGGCAAAAUUAUACCGACCUAUAAUUACGGAAGCAAUAUGUAAAUACUGUAUAAAGUAAUUGUUUAUUAUAAAUAAUGUGGUAUAAGAAUUUGUUAGUGUAACAGGUCUCUUAAAGAUAAAUUUUAUAACAUUUCUAUACUCAAAAUGCCUACUUACAUAAUUACACGAAAUUUGUUAUCGCCUCAAUCGAACUAAAAUAAUUUUUGUGAUAUCUUAGAUAUUUCUAUUGCACUUUAUGUACACCAAUUGCAAGGUAAUAAUUUAAUGCGAGAGACCGAUACAUAUUCAUGUCCCAUUAUAUAUGAAUCAACAGUUUGUCUCAGAGAUCCUAAAUAAGGAUUCCUGAAAUGAACCAUGGAUACAACUAGAAAAGUAAGUAGGAUAAAUGUAUAUAAUAUAUGACUAUUUUUUAAUAAAACGCAUUGUUAUAGAGAUUAAAUAAUAAAUACAAUAAAGUAUGUUCAUGUAUACGUAGUCAGUGAUGAAUGCGUAUUUUUAUAUUUCAAGUAAAAGUGGUAAAUAAAUGUAUUUUACACA